CACCAUAUCAUCUUCUUUCACCGUGUGUUUGGUAUGGUCUUGACCAAAAAGAAAAAUGGGGCAUCAUAAACUGAACCACAACAAUGUCCUUAUAUGAUCAGAAUUAAGGCACUCCUCAAUUCGUUUUAUCAUAUCUCAGAUCCUUUCUAGGGACGGGAAACUGUUACAUUUUCCUAGACACAAUAAAGGAGCGCUCAAAACCACAUUUUUUUUCCUCUUUGCAUUUACCAAUCCUUAAAUGCUGAACCAGAGGUCAGAGCAGACCCAUUUAAUGGCCUUGUAUUCCUAGAUUGAAGUGCCUUUUUUUUGUCUACCUAUUAUACACUUUCUCUAGUCUGUCCUAGAAAGUAGAAACCUUAAGCUUUCACCACUUGGCACGCUGUGCAGCAUUGCAUUGCACCUAAGCACCACCAUCACUACUUUAUAAGGAAAAAAAAAAAAAUAACACAACAACUUGUGUUGUGUCUAUAUAAGUAGUGGGGGGUUAAGGUUAGUGUUCUCAUCCAUAGUUCUCACUGGUUUUCUCUAUAGGUGGAUUUGAGGACUUCUUCUAUAUUAAACUGUGUUUUCUUGUUUCUGAGUGCUGAUUUUGGAGGAGAAAUGAGUAGCUAUUUGGGUGUAGGUGUUAGUCCUGGGAAUGUCCCAGUUUACCACAGCACAAAUGUGAACGUGUUAGAUAGGAGGAUCAAGAUAACAGAGUUGGUGUUGAGGUGUGUGAUCCUUGGUUUAGGGGUUCUUGCAGCUGUUCUUGUGGGGACUGAUUCCCAAGUCAAGGAGUUUUUCUCAUUUCAGAAGGAAGCUAAAUUUACAGACAUGAAGUCUUUGGUGUUCCUGGUGGUUGCAAAUGGGUUAGCUUCUGGCUACUCCUUAAUCCAAGGGUUGCGCUGUAUCAUUAGUAUGAUCAGAGGAAGAGUACUCUUCAGCAAGCCCCUAGCUUGGGCCAUUUUUUCUGGUGAUCAGGUAAUGGCCUAUGUAACAGUGGCGACAGUGGUGGCGGCAGGACAAUCGGGUGUGAUUGCAAGGGUUGGUCAGCCAGAACUGCAAUGGAUGAAGAUAUGCAACAUGUAUGGGAAAUUCUGCAACCAAGUGGGAGAAGGGAUAGCUAGUGCUUUUGUGGCUAGCCUUAGCAUGGUGGUCCUGUCUUGUAUUUCUGCUUUCAGUCUCUUCCGUUUAUAUGGUGGUAACAAAACCAAAAAUGUGUUGGUAGGUUAGAAACUAGCACUGAUUCAAGGCUCUUCGUGUAUAUGUAGUAGUGAAUGAUUAUGGUAAUAUGAGAAUGGCAACUAUUGCAAUUAUCACUUAAUAAUUGAUGGCAGUAAAGUUUAGUUAGGUUCUUUGAUA